CGACAACAUAGACUUCAACCAUGGUGAGCUAUUGUCCGAUCUGCGGAAAACCCGUUUACUUCGGUGAGAAGAAAAGGUCACUAGGGAGGGAUUACCAUCCCCUAUGUUUGAAAUGCCACAAAUGCAAGAGACAGCUAACAGCGGGUCAACAUGCAGAGCACGAUGAGAAACCCUACUGCUCUAACUGUUACAUGAGGCACUUUGGACCCAGAGUACAAGGUCAACCCUCAUCUGUGUGUCUAGCCACGGGCCCCAGGAAAGAGCAGCCUAUCUGA